AUGCAUCGUUUAUUUAAUACACCUCAAAAGCGCAAGGGCGCAUCGCCUUCUAAAGUUCCACUCAACGGACUCUUUUCUGAUGGAAACUGGCAGUGCAAUUGCAACCCAAGACUAUCAGCAGUACGUUUUCAGGUCAAGAAAGAAGGACCGAAUACCGGCCGAUGGUUCUACACAUGUCAAGAGCCCAAAGAGACUGGAUGUGGAUUCUUUCUAUGGGAUGAUAAAGCCAAGGGAAGAGAGAUGGGCGCAGUGUUGAACAAUACAAGAACAGAACCUCAUACUCCCGACUCGCGCAUACCGGUAACUCCAUCAAAGAAUAAAAGAACUUUAGAAGGGCAUGCGAUGGCUAGUAAUAAAUGGCUUCAGGAUCUCGGAAAGAAGGGAGAAGAUGAAUUUGGCGAAUGGCCUUUGACGAGGGAAGAUGAGGAGAAAGUGGUUAAGACGGUUGAGAGGACGGACCCUGGAAGUUUUCCAGAGACUCCAAGGAAGGGGAUGGAUAGUAGGGCAACGACACCCGGAAGCAAAAGGAAACGAGGCGAAGAGGAAAGUAAUGGAGCCAGUAUGUAUCCUACGCCUGCGACAAAAGGGACUCGAGACGAAGAUAUUUUCGGCACCCCAUCUACAAGCCGUCGAAGGUUAAAUGGUGGAAUUUGGGAUGGAAAUGAACGAUCCGCUCUAUUUGGUCCAUUCGAGUCCGAGACUCCUUCCCCGUUCAAAUUUAAAGAUGCUACAAUAGGAGCACCUCCAAAAUUCAUGGUCUCUCCCUCCCCGAGCAUCACAGGAGAUUUGCAGCCAAGUCACGACGUAACCGAAGACAUCAUGAACAUCCUCCAGGAUCAACACAUCGACGAGGAAGCCGACGCCAAAUUACGUCAAGUUUUAAAUCGACACGCACUCAAAAUAUCUGGUAUUGUGAAGGGUAGAGAUAUCACACGAGCGGCGCUGAAAAGCAAAGAUACAAAGAUCGCCGGGCUGCAACAAAAGAUUAUGGUUCUGGAACAUAAACGCGAUAUGGAUGAAGCCAUCAUCAAGCGACUCAGAGUCCAGAAUACUGGCUAG